AUCGCCUGGACCACGCCAGCCCGUUGGGGUCUCGCUGCUGACCUACAUCGCAUAGCAAGUGACUUGUUUCUGGAAGUCAAAGCACAAAUUCGAAGCAUGGUUAGAACCCUUGCUCAGCUGCACACAGACGCCGCGUUCCCCUCCUCCCUCGCACCUGACGGCGCCGCCUUCCUCCACUCCGUCUCCUCCCUCUCCGCCCUCAAAUGUCUCCACGCCGUUCUUCUAAAGCAACGAGGCCUCUUCCUCCACGUCGCCACCAAGUUGCUCGCCCUCGCCGCCUCCCUCUCGCCUUCCGUCCGCUACGCCCGCAACCUGUUCGACGCCGCGCCACGCCGCGACUCCUUCAUGUGGAACACCCUGCUCCGCGCCUACGCCGACCUCGGCCCCUGCAAUGAGGUCCCCUUCCUCUACGCCCAGAUGCACGCCGCCGGUCUUUCCCCGGACCACUUCACCUUCCCCUUCGUCGUCCGCGCCUGUGCGGUCGCCUCCGCCUUCUGCGAAGGGGUGCAGGCCCACUGCGACGCUCUCAGGCACGGCUUCGCCUCGAACCCCUUUUUGCAGACCGCAUUGGUCACCAUGUACGCCCAGAACGGGGAGGUCUCCGACGCGGAGUUGGUCUUCCGCGAGAUGCACUUCAGGAACAUCGUCUCUUGGACCUCCAUGAUCGCUGGGUACGUCCAAAAUUUCGUCUUUGGUGAAGCGUUGGGUGUUUUCAGGCGGAUGGUGGCUUCCGGGACGCCGCCCAACGAGAUCACAAUGGUGAGCGUUCUCCCUGCUCUGAGAGGUCCGGAAUCCCUAGUCUCCGGGAUGGCAAUCCACGGCUUCGCCAUCAAAUUAGGGUUCGAUUCGCAUCCCUCGUUGGCGAAUGCCCUAAUCGCCAUGUACGCCAGAUGUGGGAGCACGAGCGUUGCGAGAUCCCUGUUCGACGAAAUGCCCGAUCGGAACUUGGUUUCCUGGAACACCAUGAUCGCGAUGUACGAGCAGAGCGGCGAGGGUGGCAAGGCGAUCAAGCUAUUCCGGGCGAUGCUGACGGAAAGAGUGCCGCCCAACGGCGUCACGCUGGUGAGCCUCAUCUCUGCCUGUGCCGCAACGGGAGCGCUGGAGACUGGCCGGUGGGCGCACGGGUUCGCCCGGAACAGAGGGCUCGACGCCGACGUCAGGGUCGGUAACGCGCUGGUGGACAUGUACGGCCGGUGCGGAAGCGUCGAGGAGGCGAGGCAGGUUUUCGACAGUCUCACACCCAAGGGCGUGGUCACCUGGAGCGCCAUGAUCAGGUCCUAUGCUGCGCACGGCCGCGUCGGAGAUGCCCUGAAUCUGUUUGACGAAAUGUGCGAGCAGGGACUGAGGCCGAACACCUUCACGUACACGUCCGUCCUGGCGGCGUGCAGUCACGGCGGCCUGGUAGAGGAGGGUUUGAGGCACUUGGACGGGAUGAGGGCGUACGGAUUAACUCCCACACUGGAGCACUGCACUUGCAUGGUGGACCUCCUCGGCCGUGCAGGGAGGUUGGCGGAGGCAUACAAGUUCAUUAAGGGGAUGGCGGUGGAGCCUGACAUCGGGGUGUGGGGAGCUCUGCUGGGGGCUUGCAGAAUUCAUGGGGAACUGGAGAUGGCGGAGGCGGUGACCGAAGAGCUAUCCCCGCGGCUGGGUUGCAGGAAUUCAACGGUGUACGUGCUGAUGGCGAACAUGUACGCGGAAGCCGGGCGGUGGGAGGAGGCGGAGAGAGUUAGGGAGAGAAUGAGAGAGAUGGAGCUGAGGAAGGACCCCGGCCAGAGUUUCGUCAAUACAGACAAGAGCUCAAGUUCUAUACAAAGAUCCAGUUCAAUGCAACAAGUAUUUGGUCUGUAGAAUAAAAGGGAGAGCAUUCCAAGAGGCACAUCAUUUUGAAAAUAUCGAUCGUCUUCCACCGUUGCCUUCACUUUGUGGUUGCUCGGCGUAGUGCCCGCCGGGAAUGAUGUGACCCCAUCUUGUCCUUGCGUUCCUCCUGCCGACAGAUCCGUUCCCUUUUGCCUUGUGAUUAACUCGAAACCGUUGCAUCAGAAAGUUUUCUCCUUGUGUGCAGGCGAUUUGUAAUGGUUUAGAGGGAUUUCUCAACAUGGCCACCAGGAGGUACUUGUGGCGGAGGGCAAUGAAGGAACGGUGAGAAAGUUUGAUCUGUGGAUUCUUUCGGAUUUGUUAUUUCGUUUUCUGAAUUUGAGCAUUUUUUUCUAGUUCAUCUGCAAUCUACUUGAUUGUUUAAAAAUGUGACCUUUGAGGUUAUCUGUGAGACCGAUUACGCAUUAAUUAUACUGAAUUUAAUUGAUUCAGAUGCUCUUAUCGCAGCUUAUUUGAGUCAAAUAUGAACAAAAUUAUGUUCUCGUAGAAUUAUCUUGUCCUGUUCCAUCAAAUAAACUAUCAGUAAACAGGCAUAUCAGUGGCUUCUUUGGAGAGUGAUUCUGAACUUGUGAGCCACACUUAUCUUUUUCUAGUGAAUGGUUAGCAAUGCUUUGAAGACUACUUUAGAAAGUUUGGUGUUGAGGUACAAAAAGUUGAAGGAAUUGUAAUUCUCACUCUUAGCUGAUGCAAAUAUACAUACACAAAUUCUACUUCAGUGUUGGACAUUCUUUUAGUAUAUCUCAUUCUUUAAACCAAUUCUUCAAUCUCUAGAAUUGCAUGCAUUUUGACACCAUUAUGAGUUUGAUGUGUCUUGUAGAAACGGUAUAUUCUUGGCGAAGCAUUCUCGAUUUUCAAGUGGAUUAUAAGAGAAGUAUUCUCUGUAAAGGGUGAAUUAGUCAAUCAUAAGAUCACUUUUAGGGAUUUUGAGAACAUCAUCCACCACUUGUUGGAGCAUCUGAUUCCCCCAAACACUACUUCAUUUGGCCAUGCAGAACAAUCUCUUUUCUCUUAACUCUAUCUGAUUAAUUAGAACCUCAGAAUAAAUUCUCCUCUUUUCCAGAAAUUGUAUAGAAAUUAUAUGUCGUAAACUGCGCGAGAACAAUCAUUCGCACUAUAAGAGAAGUAAGCUACACAUCUUCAGGGACUGAUUUCUCCACUAGAAUAAAUUCUAAGUAUGAUCUGAGCCAAAGGCACCAUGAAGGGGAGGACUACUUACACUCAGAGGCUUGUUGCAAUCACACUGGUACUUCUUGCUAUGCUAUCACCAUUAUACAUCGACCGGAGAACGCCGAUCGAGCUAGAUGACGAGUACCACAGCGCAGGAGGAUCCCUGCAGGUUUGGCUUCCGUUUGUGCUCAUAAUUCUGGUCUUUGUCAUCAACCUUACUUGCUUCAUGGACAAGAAGAUCAUGAGGUUUGAUCCAUACUGGAUACAUAGGUUUGGAGGGUCCUCCUGUGGAAUUGUGAUGCUUCUUUUAGUUCUGGGGUUUGUGUUGAAGUGUAAGGCAUCUCUAAGGGGCGAGGUUUGAUCUCCUUUGAAUUGCAGCGACAUUAUCAGUCUUGUUUCAAGCAGAGCCUUUCUGUGACCAUGCCACUUUUCUGUUUUCUUUCUUUGGCUUUUUUGCAACCUUGUGAAUCGGAUUAAUCGGUAUGUAUGGUUAGUCAGUUGGAAGUUUCUGAUAUUUGACAAACAUGUUUAAGCGAGCGGUCUAUGUUUGGCAAGUUGGUUAAGUGUACAAAGUGUUUUUGGAUCAGCUGGAACGAACACUUGGGAGGUGACUGUGAAAGGAUGCCUAAAAUGUUUAUAAUUUGUGGAAAAUAUAUUGCAAUGUAUACUUAUACUUGUAGGU